AAUCACAAGUUAGCAGAAGAAUCCUUCAGAGGGAACAGGAUUACGAUCUCAAGAAAGUAUAUAUUUAAAAUAGAUGCAUAAUUUUUGUUUGGCUGCAUACUGAACAUUAACUGUUGAAUAAACUUAGUCUGCUUAUAUGCCUAAAAUACAGGCAUUUCUCUUCGGACACUUCCCUUUCUACAGUUUUCUGCUAUUUGGCAACAGAAGAUUGUAGGCUCUGCUAUUUCUCCAGCACUAUGGGCAACUGUGACACACAGCAUGGGUCAAUGAUUUGGCUGGACACUUCAAAUAUAAGCUACAGUAACUGGUACAAGGAUCAGCCAUCUCCCUUCUCAUCCACAUGCGGGUACAUCCUGAAGAAUGCCAAGUAUCAGUGGGGUGUGACCGAAAAUUGCAGCCAGGAAUUUGACUUCAUUUGUGAGUUUGAAUCCGGCCAGAGCAUUGCUUGUGAUAAUUACAAUGCCACUGUACAGUGUGGAUCAGGAGAAGUUAUUCAAAUUGGGGAGAGCUUCUAUGGACGGAAGACGCCUCAUUACUGUGUAUCGGAGACUCCUCUCCAGUACGACCCAGACGGUGACUGCAGCUGGGUCAGCGUCCAGGAUGAAGUAGCAGGCCAGUGUCAUGGUCUUCAGGCCUGCCAGGUGACAGCAGACAGCACUUUCUUUGGAGACCCUUGUCCAGCUCACAGCAGCUAUUUGACUGUUCAGUACCACUGCAAGGAAGGUCUGCAGCUGCUUGUAACAGACACAUGCUUUGUCUUUGAAAAUAUCACUGUCGGUUUAAACUGGCUGCUCUCUCCAUACUCUGGCAACCUUUCCUGUAUCAUUAGCACUGGAGAUGGCCACACUAUUGAUCCCUACUACCCUCUAACACUGCUCAGCAAUGUCACAUAUAGAUAUUCAUCUCCUGGAGAGUUCACUGUUUUUGUGGAAUGUACAACCAGUGAAUGGCACGUGACGGCACAGAAGAGGGUGACUGUUCAAGAUAAGAUGGAUCAACUGAGCAUUACCGGGUGCUACAGCCAGUAUGAAUCCGGGAACAGCUCUCACUGUCGCACAUUGUAUGGGGAGCUGUUGUGGAUUCAAGUUGAACUCAAUGGAGGCAAUGGAGUGACCUACAUUAUGCUAGCAGACAAUAUGACCCUCAUUGAAUCCAGUGCCAAGGAAGGAAUCAUCCCUCACAAUCUGACGCUUGACAGUGCCUCUCAAGAGCUGCUAGGCCCAGGAAUACAUCAACUGGAAAUCCGGGCAUCCAGCAACACAACCUCAUCGGAGAUCUCUGAAAGUAUUGCUGUUCACUUAGUUGAGCCAGUAUCUGGUCUUCAGGCUGCAUUAGCUUCUCACACUCUGCACCUGGGGGAGAAUUUGGAGAUAAAUGUCUCUGUGUCUCACGGUGCCCCAGAUAAACUGAAGUUUGAGGUGACUGGAGCUAACGAAACUCAGUCUCACGAAGAAGAUGGUCCUCGUGGGGAACCUCGAACGUAUACUGCUCCUGUGCACUCUGAAGGUUCUUUCCUAGUGAAAGUGGUAGCCAUGAAUGCCUUUUCUAACGCGAGUCUGGAUCUUGGGUUCAUCACUGUGUUGGCAAACAGUUCUCACCAAGAAGAUUUUGCUAAGGAACAACACAGCUCCAAAACAAAUGCCCAAGAGACAAAUGGUCACAGAAGAAAAAACAAAAUAUAUAUUAAACCAAGUCGCCAUGUGGAUCCUUUCACAAGUGUUACACUUGGCUGGCCAGACAACAGCAGCAAUUUCAGUUUUCUCUGGUCCUGUGGAGCUUGCUGGCCUGAGUGGAACGAGUGUGUGCAGCAACAGAUAAUCCUAACCAACCAAACUGAGGUGCAAAUCCCACCUUCCUGCCUUCCUCCUCCAAAGUCAGCAGUGACCGUCAGGGUUUUAGUCUGCAAUGAUGGCAAUGAAGAGAGGCAAGAUGAGCAAUGUCUUUAUGUGACUGCAAGACAAGAACUGCAACUGGAAAUCAGGUGUGAGGCAAACUGCAAGCCAGUGAAUGCCAGGGAAGAGCUUGUUUUGCGUGUCUCUGGACAGAAGGACUCCCAGGCCAUAUAUUAUAACUGGUAUUUAGAUAACACAUUCCAAAGCAAGUCUACAACCCUCCCUCCAGCCUGUGGCCUGACUGGUUUCCGGCAGAACUCUUUGAAUUUGCUUCAAAGCAACACAUCUGUGUUGAAAAUGAACAGCUCCUUCUUGCAGACACAGGGAGAAGCUUUUCAGAUUAAAGUAACAGCAAUGACUCGGGGCAGCUACGGGGAGGAGACGUUCCUCGUCAGCACCAUACCUCCGCCCGAGAGCCCCGCUUGUGCCGUGUCUCCCAAGCAGGGAUCAGUGCUCACCGCGUUCACAGUCUCCUGCAGUGUUCCUUGCUCGGCGAAUUCAUGCCAAUCCAGUCGUGACAGGCAGCUGACAUACUGCUUCUAUCUGAAACCAAAUUCUCUCCUGCACUGUGGCCCGGAUCCUGAACUCUUCCCAGUUUAUCUUCCACUUGGAGAAGAGGAAAACAAUUUCAUUUUACAUAUGACAAUUACUGUUAGCAACAACUUUGGUGAUACAGUUCAAACUAAUGCUUCAGUGAAGGUUGGACAUGCAGCUAUGACUGACGGGAACCUGACACUGCAGGCUAUUGUAUCCGAGAAGGCAAACUCCAUCCUCAAAGACGGGAACAACAGCAUGAGUCUCUUCCAGCUGUAUCAGUCAGUGACUUCAGUCCUGAACCAGGAGGCUCAAGAGGAAAGCUUUAACAUGUCUUUACAGACCGACACACGAAAAGAGCUCCGAGGGCUGAUGCUGACGACUCUCUCUGCUGUUAACGUCACAUCAAUGCAGAUUGCUCUUAAGAUGUCAGAAGUAUUGAAAGAAAUCACUUACAGGAGUGAAGAGCUGUCUGUCUCAGCACAGGUGGAAGCUAGCAACACUCUAAAAGAUGUCAGUGCUUCCUUGCUCACUGUAAACACGGAGGACAGCAGAGAUGAUCAGAAGUUAAAAGAUGCAGCCAACUAUCUAUUUAAUGCAGUGAGCAAUGUCCUUAAAGCUUCUGCAGAAGUCAGAGCUGCCAACACUUCAGUGCUAGAGGCAGAACAGAGUUCAGUGUCGCACCAGCUCCUGAAUACAGUUGAAAACCUACAGAGUGCUCUUCUGUUUGGGAAAGAACCGGAUGAUGAACCAACAGUCCUUAGCACUCCUUCUGCCACAAUGUACAUACACAGAUUGCAAGCAGAAAACAUGGAUGGCAUGUCCAUCAAUAUCUCCAGUAACAGCUCUGCCAGCUUUACUCUCCCACCUGCUUCCUCUCUCAGUGUUUCAGGAGUUGAUGAUGAAACAGUGGAUAUAAGGAUGGUGAGCUUUGCUGUGAAUCCCUUUUUAUCCAGUGACACCAGUUUCGACAUCAGUGGAACAGUGGGAGGUCUAAGUCUUACUGGUCUGGAUGGCUUGAUCAUACCAGUCAGCAAUCUCAAAGAAAACAUUGAAAUAAUGUUACCAAGGCUUUCGGCAGCUCAGGAAGAUAGGAUUCUGUUGAAUCUGGACAAUUUUAGCACUUUCCAAGUCAAUGUUACCUCAGAAAACACAUCUAUAGUGAUCCACCUGGAAUGCGAACAUGAUAUUCCACUAAUACUCUACUUAGGGUAUGGUUAUUGUCCAAAUGAAACUAACUAUGAUAUGAAAAAUCAUCUGUUCUAUAAGAAAACUGCUGGAGGUGAGACAAACACCUGGGUUCUCAGGCCAGAAGAACUUGUUUUUGGAGAGGGAACCUACCAUUUCAUGGUUUUACAAGAUAUGGGAAUGGAUUCCACAGUCUAUGACAGACUAACUGUAGCUGUCACUUGCUUCGCAUCCCGCUGCGUAUUUUGGGAUGAGCACCAGGGGAACUGGAACAGCUAUGGAUGUCAUGUAGGACCAAAAACAAAUCCUAGAAGCACACAGUGCCUCUGCAAUCAUCUGACCUUCUUUGGGAGCUCCUUCUUUGUCAUACCCAAUACCGUAGAUGUUACCAAAACGGCAGAGCUAUUUGGCACAUUUGUGGACAACCCUGUGGUGGUGACCACUGUAGGAUGCAUCUUUCUGAUAUAUGUACUUGUAGUUAUUUGGGCUCGAAGGAAAGACAUCCAGGAUGAUGCCAAAGUGAAAAUCACAGUACUGGAAGACAAUGACCCUUUUGCUCAGUAUCGUUAUCUUGUGACAGUUUUUACAGGACACCGCCGUGGGGCAGCCACAACCUCCAAGGUGACUCUCACCCUCUAUGGGCUGGAAGGAGAGAGUGAGCCACACCAUCUAACUGAUCCUGAGACUCCAGUCUUUGAACGGGGAGGAGUGGAUGUUUUCCUACUCUGUACCUUCUUUCCUCUUGGUGAACUGCAGAGUAUUAGAUUGUGGCAUGAUAAUUCAGGGGACAGUCCCUCCUGGUACGUGAAUCGUGUAUUGGUCCAUGAUCUGGCAGGGGAUCAGAAAUGGUAUUUCCUCUGUAACUCAUGGCUGGCCGUUGACAUUGGAGAAUGUGUCCUUGAUAAAGUGUUCCCAGUAGCUACAGAACAGGACAUGAAGCAGUUCAGCAACCUGUUUUUCAUUAAGACCUCCAAGGGUUUCCAGGACGGGCACAUCUGGUAUUCGGUUUUCAGCCGCUCGCCACGAAGCUCCUUCACACGAGCCCAGCGUGUGUCAUGUUGCUUCUCACUGCUUCUCUGCACCAUGCUGACCAGCAUCAUGUUCUGGGGAGUGCCAAAGGAUCCAGCUGAGCAGAAAAUGGAUUUGGGUAACAAUCCUCCUCAUUGCUUAGGCAGGGGAAUAGAGAGACAGCAGAAUAUAGAAGCAGAACAGUUGAACAAAUGGGCUUUUUCACAAGACAGAGAUGUGAUGGUUCCUGGGGUUAUUUUUAUUCCUCCCCUCUGUUUGAUCUCAACAGGUAAGAUCGAGUUCACAUGGCAGGAAGUCAUGAUUGGCUUUGAGAGCUCCUUCCUCAUGUUCCCCAUCAACCUGCUCAUUGUGCAGAUCUUCAGGAAUGUACGAUCCCGGCCAGCCAUGCGGGGGAGAGAGAAGAAGCCAGGAAAGAGUGGUCGAGUGUCCCCAAGCCUACCUCCCACCCCACAGGUCACCCAGCCUGUCUCACUCACUCCAGAGGCUGUGACAAAGGAUAUAAGAAGAAUUGCCAACUCGCUCUUUAAAGCCCUGAAGACUCCAUCUCUCACUUCAGUAUCAGAUCUUGGAAAAUCAACUAACAUCAACACACUUUUGGCAUUGGUUGAGGACAUCAUCUGCCAACAGAACAGAGCUGGGCAAGGGUUUUAUGAUGACAGCAGGAAGAAGGAUGACCCUAUAAUUGUCACGUUAGGUGCUAUGGAUAUACAAGAAAAAACAACUCCAGAGAAAGGAAUGUGUGAGCGACUGAAACACAGCGAUUACAACCGCUGCUUGUACACGCAACUCCAGCAUGUAGAGAUGGAGCUGGAAUUACUCGGGCCCCAUAAAUUUCAGAUGCCCCAGAGUUACACACAAGCUGUUCAACAGGUUCAGCACAUGAAGAACCUCCUGGAGAACCAGAUCUGCUCAUCAGUGUCUGGCAGUGAAGGGUGGUCCCUUACUCCAAGCUUCUCCGGUGAUGGCAAGAAAAGUUUCUCUUCCAAAGGGCUGCCCUGGUGGUUUGUGUUCAUUGGUUGGUUCCUUGUUGCAGCCACCAGUGGUGUAUCUGGGUUCUUUACCAUGCUCUAUGGACUGCAUUACGGCAAGGAGAACUCCAUCAAGUGGCUGAUCUCCAUGGCCAUCUCCUUCUUGGAAAGCCUUUUUAUCACACAGCCCUUAAAGGUGCUGGGAUUUGCUGCUUUUUUUGCUCUGGUUCUGAAGAAGGUGGAACACGAGGAUGAAGAAAACACAGCUAUUGAUGGGCCUUUAUCUGCACCAGGUGAUUCAAAUCCUCUCUUCGGAGCCCGAAGGGACAGUAGAAGCAACAUUUACCGGCCACCUCCUGCAGCCGAUGUGGAGAAAAUGAAAAUCAGCUGCCUGAAGGAGCAGAAAGCAUUUGCCCUCAUCAGAGAAAUCCUGGCCUAUCUGGGGUUUUUAUGGAUGCUGUUACUGGUUGCUUAUGGGCAGAGAGAUCCCAACUCCUACUACUUAAACAAACACAUUGAGAACAGCUUUACAGAUGGAUUCCAUGAUGUCUACAGUUAUCAGGACUUUUUCACAUGGGCAAACACUACCUUAGUCAAAAAUCUUUAUGGAUCCUAUAAAGGAUUCAUCACAGAUGGCAAUUCCAAGCUGGUGGGUAGUGCUCGGAUUCGCCAAGUACGAGUGAAAGGAGACACUUGCCCUAUUUCUCCCAAACUGCAGCACGUGAUUCAGGAAUGCCAUGCUCCAUAUUCCCUACAAACAGAGGACACAGCAGAUUAUGGAGAACACUGGAAUUCUUCAGUCUCUGAUAACUCCUCUGACUUGAGCUCAGCGUGGCAGUAUCAGAGUCAGUCCCAACUGAGAGGGCAGCCCAGCUGGGGCAAACUUGCCAUCUACAGGGGUGGUGGAUAUGUCCUUCACCUGGGAACUGAUCCUAAGAAUGCCUCCAGAAUUCUCCAGUACCUCUUCGACAACGUCUGGCUGGACACCUUCACAAGAGCAGUGUUUGUUGAAUUUACCGUCUACAAUGCCAAUGUGAACCUGUUCUGCCUUAUAAGCCUGAUGUUUGAAACCAAUGCUCUAGGGGCCUUCUUCACAAGCGCCGAGCUGCAAAGUAUCCGGCUUUACCCAUACACCAACAGCCUCCACAUCUUUGUCAUUGCAGCAGAAGUGAUUUAUUUCCUCUUUAUUAUGUACUACAUGAUAGUACAGGGAAAACAGAUGAAGUCUCUGAGAUGGAGAUACUUCCACAACAAGUGGAAUCUCCUGGAGAUGGCCAUUAUACUGAUUAGCUGGAGUGCUCUGUUAGUGUUCGUGAAGCGGACAAUCCUUGGGACCCGAGACAUCGGCUACUACCAGGAACACAAAGAGGACUGUGUGAGCUUUAAUGAAACAGCAAGAGCUGAUGCAGUUCUUGGCUACCUGAUUGCAUUCCUAGUGCUUCUCUCCACCGUGAAACUGUGGCAUCUCCUGAGGCUCAACCCUAAACUAAACAUGAUCACUUCAACUCUAAGGAGGGCAUGGGGUGAUAUCUCUGGAUUCAUCACUGUGAUUGCCAUCAUGUUCCUCGCCUAUUCCAUUGCGACAAACCUGAUAUUUGGCUGGAAGCUCUACUCGUACAAAACUCUUUUUGAUUCAGCAGAGACCAUGGUUAGUCUUCAGCUGGGAAUCUUCAACUAUGAGGAGGUCUUGGACUACAAUCCAGUUUUAGGCUCCUUCUUAAUUGGAUCCUGCAUAAUUCUCAUGACAUUUGUGGUACUAAAUCUGUUCAUUUCGGUGAUUCUAGUUGCUUUUAGUGAAGAGCAGAAGCACUACCAGGCUUCGGAAGAAGAGGAGAUUGUUGAUCUAAUGCUAACGAAAAUUUUCAGUUUCUUGGGGAUUAAAUGCAAGAAGGAAGAGAAGCCAGUCACUAAUGAUCAACUGAAACAGCCUGUCAGCAAUUAAAUGACAACCACAAUGAAAAGUCGCUUUGUUCGCGGAUGAAAUAUUUACUUUUUAACGCCCAUCUGCAGCGUCUAGACUUAGGUUAACAUGGCUUCUUACUUAAACGCUGUGGCAUUCGACACGUUGUUGCCUGAUAUUAUGGAGUAUUAGCAAAGAAAUAAUGCUAAAUCUCAGAUAAGGCAUCUCACGUGCACUUCAUGUAGACUUAGCAUCUGUAUUUAAUAAACACUGAGCGUUUGUUGCACCGUUUGGUAAAAAAAAGC